UGAUUGGCCUCGUGUGUCUCAGGGACGGAAGUGGGAACGUGUGUGGCUGCAAACGCUGAACCACAACAUUCCAAUGCUCGUCUUCGCAGCCCGAAAACUGGAUACUUACGAGAACAGCUCAGUCUCACUUCAAACUUAGACAAAGCUGUCCCGGCCCAAGCUAGGAAUAGAUCGGGUGUAAAUCCCCGCACAUGUUUAUUUCGGUGACCUAAAGGUAGGCAGUCCGGGGUGUAUAUGAGAAGCAAGUGUUUCCACCUUUUCGAUUUCCGGUUCCUCCCCUCUCAUCAGCUCACUCAACUCUCGCUUCACCCGGUAUAACCAACACUCUCGUUGUCGUCCAAGUUCAAAAUCUUGAUCAUUCAACUUCUAGUCAAGUCACUCGACAUAUCACAACCGUCAACAUGAAGUUCUCUGCUGCCAUCAUCGCCUUCGCUGGCCUCGUCGCCGCCCAGUCCCUCGCCGACGUUCCCACUUGUGCCCAGAAGUGCUUGGCCGACGCCGUCACCUCCACCGGCAAGUGCACUGCAGGUGACAUUUCCUGCCUGUGCAGCCCUGCCAACUACCAGGCCAUCGUCACCGCCGGUACUCCUUGCGUCCUCGCUAGCUGCGGUGCCGACGUUGCCGUCAACCAGGUCCUCCCCGCCGCUGGCAAGAUCUGCGCCGCCGUCGCCGGUGGUGGUGGCCCCGCCUCGGCCGCUUCCUCGGUCGUCGCUUCGGCCUCUGCCGCGGCUUCUUCCGUUGUUGCCUCGGCCUCCGCCGCUGUCUCCUCCAUUGCCUCUGCUGCCACCAGCAAGGCUGCUUCCGCGGCCUCUUCCGUCUCUUCGGCUGCUUCUGUCGCUGUCACCAGCGCUGCUUCAUCUGCGGCCGCCGGCACGACUCGCACCGCUGUUGUCACGAGCGCCACCACCACCACCAGCGGCAGCUCUACUGCUACUGCCACCGUAACCCCCGUCACCGUCAACGGUGCCGCUACCCAGGGUCCCGUUGGCCUCCUGGCCGCCCUUGCCCUUGGUGCUCUUGCCUACUUGUAAUCGGGUUCGCAAAGCUGGCGCGGCUCUACAUAUAGCAAGGGAUAUGUCCUGGGCCACGCUGUAGACAGACUUUAGCGCAUCUUGGGCGUGUCAGUCUAGAAAAACGGGGCGCACAAAAUAUAGAUGUAAUAGUAAUCGCUUUCAUUCAAUUUUACGCUACAUCGUCUUGCGUACGAUUUGUGUGAAAUGUCUCUUCACCACUGCGAUGAAUAUUCACAGUGACUCAGUCUCAUCUUGUCCUCAUAUCAUUCAUCUUGAUGCAUUGUGAUUCAUCGGCAAUUUGGAUUUAUCAGAUAUCACGUCUUCAGUUCAAUGUCAACAUGGGUUCUUGCGAUUGACAGGUAUGCCCAUAGGCUAUCACUGCUGAAUGUGCUAAAAGUACAUGUGC